ACAAAAGUGGCUAGCAUGUUUUGGCUCACUUUUUUUACCACCAAAAACCUCUGUUUUUUGUUAUUUGAAAGACUCUGACAUAAAGCUGUUUUGAGUGAGUGAGUGAAGUAUAGUUUCUGUAAAAUAAAACAGCAAAGCAUGAGGAGAUGUACCACUUUCCAAUAAUACAAAUGUAUUGAACAAAUUUGUUGUUUUUGGGUUGGUUUGAAAUCUUUACCAAAAACCAAGACAAAAAAAAAACCAAGUUCCAAACAACUUCUUGAAAAGCUCUCUUCUUCAUCUAAAAAAAGGAAUUGAUUUUUCUCUGUUUUUAGCUGUUUCUUGAACUUCCAAAACCAAUGGAAACAAGAAGUAUAAAUGGUGUUUUUGGUUUUUUGGUCUUAUUGAGUUUCUUAGUUUAUUCCAAUGCUGUGCUUACUCCAGCUGGUGUUAAUUAUGAAGUGCAAGCGUUAAUGGAGAUCAAGAAUUCAUUACAUGAUCCACAUAAUGUUUUGAAUUGGGAUGAAAGUUCUGUUGAUCCAUGUAGUUGGAAUAUGAUCACUUGUUCAAGUGAUAAAUUUGUCACUGGCUUGGCAAGUCCAAGCCAAAGUUUGUCUGGAAAAAUAUCACCAUUUAUUCACAACUUGACUCACUUGGAGUUACUGCUUCUGCAAAGUAAUAAUAUAUCAGGACUAAUUCCAACUGAACUUGGAAUACUUCAGAAACUUAAAACAAUUGAUCUUUCUGACAAUCAGCUCACUGGCCAAAUUCCUCCCUCUUUAGCUCAAUUGAAAAGCCUCCAAUACUUGAGACUAAAUAACAAUAGUCUUAGUGGAGCUGUUCCUUUGGAGUUGUCUAAUAUGACUCAGCUGACUCUACUAGACUUGUCUUUUAACAAUCUGAGUGGUCCUGUGCCAAGGCUUCUGGCUAAAACAUUCAACAUUAUGGGAAAUCCUAUUAUAUGUGCAACUGGGAAAGAACCAGAAUGCAAUGGAACAACAUCCUUGCCACUGCCCUUAAUCACUUUGAACAACUCACAAAAUGCUCAGCAUUUUGGAAGAUCUAAAACUCACAAAGUUGCCUUAGCCUUUGGGACAAGUCUUGGAUGUAUCUGCCUACUAAUUAUUGGGUUUGGUUUCUUUCUGUGGUGGAGACAAAAGCACAACAAGCAAAUUUUCUUUGAUACUAAUGAACAACAUCAUGAACAAGUGUGCCUGGGAAACUUGAGGAGGUUUCAAUUUAGGGAACUUCAAGCUGCUACACACAACUUCAGCAACAAGAACAUACUGGGAAAAGGCGGUUUUGGUAAUGUAUACAAAGGUUCUCUUCAUGAUGGAACAAUUGUUGCAGUGAAAAGGCUCAAAGAUGGAAAUGCAAUUGGAGGAGACAGGCAAUUUCAAACUGAAGUUGAAUUGAUCAGCUUGGCAGUGCACCGAAAUCUCCUCCGUUUGUAUGGAUUUUGCAUGACACCAACUGAAAGGCUUCUUGUUUACCCUUACAUGUCUAAUGGAAGUGUUGCUUCGCGCCUUAAAGCCAAGCCACCAUUAAACUGGAGUACAAGAAAAAGAAUUGCAUUGGGAGCGGCGAGGGGUUUGCUAUAUCUACAUGAGCAGUGUGAUCCCAAGAUUAUUCACAGGGAUGUGAAGGCUGCAAACAUAUUGCUCGACGAUUACUGUGAGGCUGUUGUGGGAGAUUUUGGAUUGGCAAAGCUAUUGGAUCAUCGCGAUUCACAUGUCACAACUGCAGUUAGGGGAACUGUAGGACAUAUAGCCCCUGAGUAUCUCUCUACAGGACAGUCCUCUGAUAAAACAGAUGUUUUCGGGUUUGGGAUUCUACUUCUAGAGUUGAUAUCUGGCCAAAGAGCUCUUGAAUUUGGUAAAGCGGCCAAUCAGAAAGGCGCUAUGCUCGAUUGGGUAAAGAAGAUUCAACAAGAGAAAAAGCUUGACUUGCUGGUGAACAAGGACUUAAAAGACAACUAUGAUCGGAUUGAGGUCGAGGAAAUGGUACAAGUAGCUUUAAUAUGCACUCAAUAUCACCCAAGUCACAGACCAAAAAUGUCAGAAGUUGUAAGAAUGCUAGAAGGAGAUGGACUUGCUGAGAAAUGGGAAGCUUCUCAAAAGGCAGAAUCAACCAGAUGUAGAGCUAAUGAGUUCUCCUCUUCAGAAAGAUAUUCUGAUCUUACUGAUGAUUCUUCAUUGCUUGUCCAAGCAAUGGAACUAUCAGGGCCAAGGUGAUAUAGAGAGAAGCACAAUCAAUUAACUGAUAUUGAGCUUGUGUAUUUUUCUUUUUUGAUAACCGAGAAAUCCUCGAGGGCCAAUAGUGCAUGGUUCAAAACUCGGUAGAUAAUGGCCCGACCCUCUACUCUCCACUUAAAUACCAGGAUUUUGUCUAUGGUAGGGUUCGAUCGAGCUUGUGAAUAUGAUCAUAUGGAAGCUGCAAAAAGGAAUGGGAUAUUUUGUGAUUGUACAGAUACAGAAUUAAGAGCAACUGACCUUAGGCUGAGUUUCUUUUCUAUCUUUCUUUUUUCCUCUUAAUGUUUUGAGUGAGAAUUUUUCUUGGAUGUGGGACUGUAAACUUGAGCUUGUAAGAAUAAUUUGUUGAAAUUCAAUUUCAGCUUAUAAAUAUUGCACCAUAA